AUGGCUCAAUCAGAAAAAAAGGAUACGGCUGUGGUGCCACAACAUGAGGGCGCGAAGGAGCUUGACUCGAAAGGGCCGGUGACGAAGAAGGGGCUUCAGUUUUGGGCAAUUAUAUGUUCACUUUGUGUGACCAGCUUGCUUGGAGCUCUGGAAAACACAGAGAUUGCUACAUCCCUCCCCACAAUAGUGCGAGCUUUGGAUAUCGGCGAUGGCUAUGUCUGGGUUACAAAUGCAUUAUUUUCUGACAAGCGCCGCUAUGCAGCCGCUUUUCGGACAAUUGUCGAAUCUUUUCGGAAGGGGAUGGGUGACGAUAUUCAUAGUUUCAAUAUCUGUAGCAUAGAGAUGCUCAUAACAGGACGGGCGGUUCAGGGGAUUGCGAGUGGCGGGUUCAACAUGAUUGUCGAUGUUAUAGUAGCGGAUAUUGUCUCAUUGCGGGAGCGUGGCAAUUAUAUUGCCAUCGUCUUGACCGUGUUUCCGAUAGGCCCAUUUAUAGGCGGAAUAAUCCUGGACAAAACGUCCUGGAGAUGGUUCUUUUACAUCAAUCUUUGCUUUUCUUCUUGA